CAGAAGCUGAGACCAUACCUACCCAAACCACACAAGGUAUUGCCUACAGACAAAUAUGGCUUUUGUUUUUUACUGUUUCUUGCAAGUUCUGGUCUCUUGGGUUACACAUGCAGCGCGACCAUUGUGUCUGUCAGAGUGUACCUGUUCAGAGGAGAGCUUUGGCAGGAGCCUUCAGUGCAUGUCUAUGUCUUUGGGAAAGAUUCCAGACAACUUUCCCGAAGGACUCAAGCAAGUGAGAAUCGAAAAGUCACCCUUAUUUGAACUUCCCCAGGGGGUUUUCACCAACUUGAACACUUUGGAAUACCUUUGGCUCAACUUCAACAACGUCACUGUGAUCCACCUAGGUGCCCUAGAGGACCUGCCACAGCUGAGAGAGCUGAGACUAGAGGGGAACAGACUCCGUUCAGUACCGUGGACAGCGUUCCGCGCCACCCCUUUCCUGAGGGUUUUGGAUCUCAAACACAACAGGAUUGAUGCGCUCCCUGAACUGGCUCUUCAGUUCCUAGCCAACCUGACAUACCUUGACAUAUCCUCCAAUAGGCUGACAGUUGUAUCCAAGGGUGUCUUCUUGAACUGGCCAGCCUAUCAGAAACGGCAGCAGCUUGGUUGCGGAGCUGAGAUUCUCUCCCACAUGGUAUUGUCGCUGCACAAUAAUCCCUGGCUAUGUGACUGCCGUUUAACGGGGCUUGCUCAGUUUGUCAAGUCCGUUGGUCCCCCUUUCAUCCUGGUGAAUUCUUACCUGAUAUGCCAGGGUCCUGUCUCGAAGGCAGGGCAGCUUUUACACGAGACUGAGCUCGGAGAUUGUAUGAAACCAAUUAUCUCAACUCCUAGUGCCAAUGUCAGUAUCCAGGUAGGAAAGAACGUGACCCUGCAAUGUUUGGCACAAGCCAGUCCCUCACCAACUAUUGAGUGGAAGUAUCCCCUGAGUACGUGGAGAAAAUUUGAUGUGUUGGCCUUGCCAGUUGCAGAAGGUUUCAUCCUGUCCCAGCUGGUCAUCCCAGCAGCUCAACUGGUAGACGGCACUAAUUAUACUUGCAUGGCCUCCAACUCCAUCGGACGAAGCUCUCUUGUCAUCACACUCUAUGUCCAGCCUGCACAGGCCACGCCUGGAUUGCAUUCCCUCUCCACCUCUUCAGAGGGCAGUUCCUAUGUUGACCUACGGGUGGUCAAGCAGACGGUGCAUGGUAUUUUGCUGGAGUGGCUCACAGUGACCAACCUUGCUGGAGAACAAUGGUUCACCCUCUACAUUGCAUCUGAUGAAGCUCUGGAGAAGAAGGUGGUCCACAUAGGCCCUGGAAUCAACACCUAUGCUGUGGAUGACCUCCUCCCUGCUACAAAGUAUAAAGCAUGCCUCGGCCUAAGGAAUCAGCCUCCAGGCCAGGGCCAGUGUGUGGUCUUUGUGACAGGCAAAGGCAGUGGUGAGCUGGAGGGCCGCGAGCACCUCUUGCAUGUCACUGUGGUCUUGUGCGCUGUGCUCCUGGCACUGCCUGUGGGUGCUUAUGUCUGGGCAACCCAGGGUCCGUGCAAUUGCAGUGAGUGGUGUUUUCGCUGUUUUCCUCUUCACAGGAAAACCCUAAGAUGCCCACAAGCAGUGCCACAGUGUAAGGAUAACUCUUUCACAGAUCCUUCAGCUGUCUGUGAGGAUUGUGAGAGUCACAGAGUUGUGGAGGAGGAUGAGGAGAGAGAAAAGGAGGGCACCAGCUAACAGCCCACCAUAACAUAGCAAUGAAUAGACCUUCAAUCCCUGAAUCCAACUUUUCAUGACAGCACGACUUGGUUCUGACCAUUUACCAAACAAGUAUUUCUUUUCUUUUUUUUUUUUUCUUUUUUUCUUUAUUAACUUGAGUAUUUCUUAUUUACAUUUCGAUUGUUAUUCCCUUUCCCGGUUUCCGAGCCAGUAUCCCCCCUAACCCCCCCUCUGUGUUGCUAAGGUUGUUUGGUUGCUCUGUGUUGGUAAAUAUUCUAAAACUUCUAAGCUAAAGUUGUUUUUAAUACUCUUUACUUAACCAAGCACAGCAACCAAACAUGGACCAUGUAUCUUAGUUACUACUCUAGUUCUAUUGCUGCCAAGAGACGCCAUGACCACACCAACUUACAGAAGAAGACGUUUAACCCAGGGCUUGCUCACAGCCUCAGAGGGUUAAUCCAUUAUCAUCAUGGUGGGAAGCAGACAGUCAUGGUACUAGAACUUUAGUUUUAAGCUUUGCAUCCUGAUCUGCAGGCAUCAGACAGAGAGAAUGAGCGAGAACGU